GAUAGCUGUUGCUCAGAGUUGUUCCUAAAGCUGUCUAGUAUAGGACAACGGGCCGUAUUUCCGGAUGUGCCAAGUGAAUUCAAUUCUGCAUCUCUCCACAAACCGCCAUGGACAUAAUUGGAUUGGAUUGGAUCUGGCAAUUGCCCCGCCAUAGCUCUGAGGGGUCGGAGCUCAUCAAGAUAUGUAACGUCACUUGAGUUGUUGACUUUGAGAAUACUUAUUAACCUCCUCUUUUCAACAUCUUGGUCCUUUGCGUGACAUAUCAACUUCAUCGCCAAUCAAUUGUAAUUAUGGCUCCCUACACUGCUAAAUGGGGCAUCUUGGCUACCGGUGGCAUCGCUGAGUGCUUCACCAAGGAUAUUCUUACAGAUCCUGCCGCUCGCGAUGUCAACGAUGUACAGCAUGAGAUUGUCGCCGUUGCCUCAUCCAGCUCCGUCGACCGUGCGCGCGAUUUUAUCAAGAAGAUUGAUGGCCCCUCAUCCGCUGCUGUCUACGGCUCCUACGCUGAGCUAGUCGCCGACCCAAACGUUGACAUCAUCUAUGUUGCUACACCUCACAGCCACCACUUCCAGAAUGCUAUGCUGGCCCUCGAGGCUGGCAAGAAUGUUCUCUGUGAAAAGGCACUCACUGUUACUGCUGCACAGACCAAGAAGCUGUAUGAGGUCGCCAAGUCCAAGAACCUCUUCUUUAUGGAGGCUGUCUGGACACGAUACUUCCCUCUCAGUAUCAAAAUUCGCGAGUUGAUCCAGUCUGGUGCCAUUGGUACUGUUUAUCGCACAUUCGCCGACCUCUCGUUCAACAAGAAUACUGAUAGCCAAGAUCUUGACUUUCCUGAUUCCAACCGCAUGGUCAAUCCUGAUCUUGCAGGUGGUGCUUUGCUCGACCUCGGCAUCUACUCCUUGACCUGGGUCUUCCAAUCUCUCUAUCAUGUUCAGCCCGAGGCCGAAAAGGAGGCUCCAAAGGUUGUAGCCUCCAUCAACAAGUAUCGCACAGGUGCCGACGAGUCCACGAGUAUCAUCUGUCAGUUCCCUAAGCACAACUCUGUCGGUAUUGCGACUACCUCACUGCGCAUCGCCACCGACGUCGAUGGUCUCUACACUGGUGGCCCCGCGAUCCGUAUCCAGGGCUCUAAGGGGGAAAUUCAGGUUACUGGUCCUGCGUUCCGGCCGACCGAGUACAAGGUGAUCAAGUCGGACGCCAAUGGCAAGGUGGAAGUAGUGAACUGCCCAAUUCCUACAGAUCCUAAGCGCAACAACUGGGGCCACGGUAUGUUCUGGGAGGCGGAUGAGUGUGCACGUUGCCUACAAGAUGGCAAGAAGGAGAGUGCUUCAAUGCCUUGGUCAGAGAGUAUAGUCAUCAUGGAGGUCAUGGACAGCGCACUCAAGCAGGGCGGUGUGUCCUACCCCGAUCUCAUCACCACUGAUGUCUUCGAUCCCAACAGUCCUCUCAAUACUGGCAAAAAAUGAAGACAUGAUGUGUAAUGCUGGACAUAAUCCUAGAAUUCAUGAUGAAAUAAAAGUUCGAGGAUAUGCAGGGAUAAUCACAGCAUUGAGCUGUAUCACGCACCUGCGUCAAUGCGUCGAGUGACAUGUGAACUCUGACCACUUGCAUAAGAUGCGUACUACAUGCAUCGUCAGAGAUCAACAAUCCUGGCGCUAUAGGCGGGUGCUUGAGAUUAACGGUUCGUGUCAAAAGUGACAUGACAGGGGAAGACCCUUGGGUUUCAAAAGCAAUCACCAACACCUGACGACUCUGCUUUGACCGGAUGACAAAGAAUAAAGCAAGAGAGGAAAAUUGGCGCCUGGCGGAUUUAUUCCACCCCAUGUUGCAUUGGCCCUGGUGCAAAUCCAAGGAUGAUCAUCCAAGCCAAGACACCAAUUUACACGCUUCUCUGCUGAAGCACAAGUUCGAGACUCGAGUCUCAGCUUAUGAUGACGUGCAGCGUACCUUUCAAGCGAGCGGGAGCACCCAUGCCCACAGCUCACAACCCCUGGCAUGAACGGCUUAUUAUCAAUCGUUGAAGAUUAUCCCAGCCGUGUAUGCCCAACUUGACAUGGGAGGGGGUGCAGAAGAUGCCC